GCUAAAAUAGCCAUCUAAAUGCAUUUUGGACUCCAUUUUCAUGAGAGAAUUCCUCCCCGAAGCCUAAAUCAUGCUAUGACUGGGAUAUUUCUGCAUUCCAGGUACCUCUCCUGCCGUUUGAAACGCCCUCCUUCGUUUUUUUCGCUGCGCGCUCAGUUACGAGAAGUUUUCAGAGUAGAACAGAGCUCAUGUAACCGUUCAGACGUUUGUUCUGGCAUGCUUGAAUCGGCAACUGGUUACACCUAAAUAUGCAAUGAAGUAAUUGAAUAUUUGAGUAUGUAAUUAGUCCAUCAGAACGAAAAAGGAGCUUGUUUUCUGCGUUAUAUCCUGGAUAAGGUGCAAUCUGAUCAGUAUCGUCUGUAGUCAUAAAAACAAAAAUCACAAAAAAGCAAGACCGCAAGAAAAAGUCAAGCAGUAAGUCAUCCAAGUGAAGUUCUACUUCCUAAGCCUUCCAGUCGGUAUGUUAAUGUUGAGGGGAGGAAAAGAAAGAAAGAAAAAAAAAGUGGUGAAGAAUGUGGUCCGCGUUAAGGAUGAAGAGUUCCAGAUGGUUCUAUCUUCAGGUGUCCUAAGUAUGUUUCUCCAGUUUGGUUUGGAGCAAAAAAAAAAAAAAAAAAAGAAAAAAAAAAAAAAGGAAACAAAAACAAAAAGGAAAAUGUCCUGUAAACAGGUGUGUGCUCACUAUAAUAAAGGCAUAGGGCUUUACGGGGCCUGUACCUUUAUGGAGCGCUGCACUAAGGUGCACAUUUGUCAGCACUUUGUUCAAGACGACUGUCUGUUCGGCCCCAAAUGCAAACGGCUGCACAGUAUCGACGAGCAAAGCCGCAGGAUGCUGGAGGAACGUGGUCUCGGCGGUGACAUCAUCCAUGACCUGCCCUACAUCUACCAGAACGUUUAUCGCCUCAACUCACAAACUCUAAGCAGUGAACUGAUAUCUGAUCAAGGCGACAAACCGGCUGCUCAGAUGGAGAAGAAUGAAAUCUGUCUCCACUUUAUACGACGGAAAUGCAAGUUUCAGGACCAGUGCGUUCUUGUCCACUUUAAUCUUCCAUAUAAAUGGGAGGUUAAUGACGAGAAAGGCUGGAGGGAUUUGAGAAACAUGGAGGAAAUAGAAAGAGCCUACUGUGACCCAAAGAAUGAACACAGUCCAGGCUCGAAACCGGUGGAUUUUGGGUCCAUGACUAGGAACCAUAACCCUGUGCGCCGACUCUCAACAGUCUCUUCCGUCUCUAAACCCGCCCACUACAUCCUGACAACAGAGUGGAUUUGGUACUACAAAGGAGAUCAUGAGAACUGGAUAGAGUACGGUCAGCCGGAUGACAAGCAACGUGUGACGUCUGUAAUGUCCCGAGAGUUGGAGAAAGCAUUUCAGGAGGAUAACAAUGCAGAGGUUACUGUCAUUAAGGGAAAUAGGCAUUACUAUGUCAGUUUCCAAGAUAUGUAUCAAAGAAACCCCAAACACAACACAAAGAGGAGGGUGCGCAGACGACCACGCUUUGUGUCUAUCAGUGAGGUGGAGGCUAAAGCUGCCCAGUGACAUACCCACGCACACAAACACACAUUGUUUAUGGAAAAGAGGACUAACAUUCAAAUUAUGAGUUACUGAUUAGGUUUUGUAUCACUUUUCAAAUCAUAUUUAAGAUGUAUUACUUUUAAGAAAUCUUAAAAUAUUCCAUUAUUUUAAACUAAAAUUGACUUGUCUUUGCCAAAAAAACAAAACAAAAAAUCAUGUGGCAACAUUUUUUCAUUUUUUUAAGUGCUUAUGAUUUAUUAUAGCUCAAAUAACUGCUCAUACGAGAAAGUCUUUCCUUCAAAUGGACACAUUUAGAGACUGUGACUUUAGCAUAAUUUUUCCUUUAUUUUUUCAUGCCUGUAUUUGUCUGGUGUGCCUUUAGUGAAUGUGGUACCUUUGUGAGGUGAUGUAGAUCAACUUGUGAGGUAUAAACUUGCACUUUUUUCCAUAUCAUGUAUUCAUCAAUAAACACUACCUGUUUUUCCUA